AUGGCGGGACUUUCACAAGAAGAUCGCAUCAUUAUCAAGAACCAUCCUCUAACCAACUUAGUUGACCGUUUACAAGACGCGCUUCAGGAAGCUGAAAGAAUAUAUGAGUCGCGUCUAAUUUUCUACAAUGGCGCUGUUGAUAGCCUUGACCAACUCUUUCAAAAUGUGAUUUCAAAACUUGUCUAUACAUUACAGGGAGAGGGUGCAGCCUACAGCCUUCCAUCGCGGAUAAAUGAUGGAAAUAUGGCAUCUGAUCUAGCACAAUUAUUCGAGCGCCUUCAAAAGGCAAAAGAAACAUUCAGAUACAACGACUACCAACCGCUGGUGCAUCUGAUCAUUCAAAGGCCUUCCACUGAAUCCCAGAAUGCUGAACCCUGGAACUUCGAUGUCUGGAAAGCUGUAUUUACCCUCAUUGACACCCUCCCUCAACGAACAACUCCUCCGGCGAGCGUCCCCCCAUCCUUUGACAGCACCCCAGUCAAAUCCACCUCGUCAUCGCAGAAAGGCUCCGAGCAGACGCACCCAGACAGUGAUGGUAAUUGGGCCCAGUUUCCCGAUCCUCCUUCACAGGACAAUGUCCUCGCCUGGUGGUUUCGUCUUCAAGAAGACCUUCUCUCGGAAUCACGCAGCACCUACUACACCACAGCGAGCAAAGCGGAUCUUACUGGUUCGCAGGCGGAACGGCAAGUCGACCUUCUUUUGCGAGCUAGGGGUGGGAGCCCCUUGCAAAACAAACACGACUGGACAGACAUCCUGGUGGUUGGCGAGCUCAAAAAACCUAAAGAGAAGAUCAGGACCAAAGCCACACUGCUGCAGAUCAGCUGCUCUGUACGCGAGGUCUUUGCUGCGCAGCCCACUCGGCGGUUCGUCCAUGCAUUCACCAUCUGUGGGACCAAGAUGGAGGCGUGGGUGUUCGACCGCGCGGGGCCCUAUAGCUCGGUAAUCAUUGACGUCUACGCGGACUCGAGGCGGUUCUUUCAGGUGCUUGUGGGCUACACCAUGAUGAGCGACGAGGAGCUGGGACUGGACACCUUUAUUGCUAGGGAUGAAGGCGGCAACAAAUCAAUAACUGUCAAAGGACCUGGGAACUCAGAGGAAAAGGUGCUGCAGCUGGGUGAAAUGCUUUCCUUUCAGCGUGCCAUCGUGUGUCGCGGGACAACAUGUUUUCUCGCAAACAAUGGACAAUUGGAGGGUGUAGCCAAAUUCUCGUGGGUGUCGGACAAGCGGCGGCCGGAAGCGGAACUCCUCGAGCUAGCGGGUCAACGAAAUGUCCAAGGGGUUGCCAGGAUCAUUGGCCAUAGUACCAUCACCAACAUCGCCGACAUGCGCCGCGACAUGGCCUUCAACGACAGGCGCCACGACUUCAAAAGCGCAACCCCAAGCACAACCUCUUCAUUUCAUCAAUCUCAGCCGCUGACCGAGCCCUGUCGCUUAGAUAUCUGUCGAAAAUCGUCGUCCAGGAAGCGCAGAUCACCGGAUAAGGGGAUGCAGACAUUCAAACGAUCACGUCCCAUCAAUCAAACAUCGGGGGACACCCAGGAUCUAGCUUUCUCCGUUCAGUCAGCGCACAAGCCAAGCCUCUUCGACAGAAAUGGCGAGGAACUGUAUGACAACCGUGUCCUCCGCUGUCUAGUGAUAUCGCCCGCUGGCCGGCCGAUCUACAAGUACGAGUCACCCUUGGAGCUGCUCAAGGCACUUCGCGAUGCAAUAAAGGCGCAUCGAUCUCUUUACCUGGAUGGAAACAUCCUUCAUCGGGAUAUUUCGGAGAACAACAUAAUAAUCACUGAUCCAAACAAGGCUGAUGGCUACUCUGGUACGCUGAUCGAUCUGGAUCUUGCCAAAGAAGUUGGAAGUGGGCGAAGCGGCGCGCGGCACCAGACUGGCACAAUGGAGUUCAUGGCAAUUGAGGUGCUGCUUAAUAUCGACCAUACCUAUCGGCAUGAUCUUGAGUCAUUUUUCUACGUGCUUAUCUGGCAGUGCGCCCGUCAUGGCUGGGGGAAGGAUAAUCAUCCUAAUGAUAGUAAACUUCGUGCCUGGUAUACUGGUAACUAUGAGGACAUUGCAAACGCCAAGCUUGGCCAUAUGAGCAAAGCUGAAAAUAUGGGAUUUGGAUUCAUUUUGAGGGAGUUCCCUCCAAAGCUCCAUGGUGUUGUACCGCUCUGCGGGGCCCUACGAGACAUACUCUUUCCUUACAAUGACAAAGGUCUCAUUGUUGGCACUCCCCAAGACCCAAUCCGCUUAUACGAUCCUAUUAUUAAGGCGUAUGAUGACACGAUCGCCCAAUUUGAACUCGGAAACCUCACUAGCGAUAAAUCUGUUUAA